AUGCUAGGCUUCGGUUCGGAUGAUGCCCACAAGGCCAAGUGCUAUUUCACAAGCACCACGCUGCCGUCUUAUGUGAAUCAUGAUCAGCCUCCGACCAAAAGCAAGCCUUUUUCGACCAUAGGCAAGCACCACUUCAACCAUACAGUCGAUAUCGUCUUGCCCAAAGAUGCAGCGGCUAAAUUUCAACAGCAUCUGUCUACUCGCGGCAACGAUGUCCUCCGCUUUGCCAAAGUCUUCAUGAAGCUUGGAGAUCUGCUGCACGGAGAGUUCUUCAGCCAAUAUAUCAAAUGCGGCAAUAUCUUGAUGCUAUCCCAGGGUCGCCAUGGCAUCGAUCAGACUUUCCGCCUCCUCAAUGGAACACUACAUAUCGAAGUUGACAAGCCUACGCAUGAACGUCUGGGCUUGCAGGGCGGUAAACCGAUCUCUUCUGGCGCCAGGAAGCAUGUACCUGCACGAUACACCAUCGAGAUCGAUUUGCGGCAGCCUGCCAUGGUUCACGGCAAGCCUGGGUUCGAGCGGCUCAUCUGGGCGUGCAAAAAUGUGCUGAAUCAGACCGUCACGUGGUUGUUCUACGACUUGAGCCCAAACGCUGCAAAUGACGGGUCUGGAUCAGUCGCUGCUUUUCAACCCAUCAUGAGAGCCGUCAAACCAGAGGUCGACUACUUGCCAGGCGUCUUGGCGCCUGUAUGGCCGUGGGAUGUAAAUGAGCAAGAUGCCAAGGGUGAUGAGGAACCCAUCGUGGAGACUUUGGAAUGGUUGAGUCUGGCAAGCCAACUAUCCCCCAGAAUUCAAAGCGCUGAUAAAAUUGAUACUUAUCUAUCGCGGUACCAGCCACCAGUUUGUACACCUGAGGAGACCACUGUCGAAAAAGAUCUCUGCAGGCUUCGCUGGCACGGCCUGGUCACUGACCACUUUGCACUGAAGUUAUUCCUUGCACUGCUGAAAACAUCGGGAGAAGAGUGGGCAGCGAUGAGCAUUUCGUCCUUUACUGAUACAUGUCACACAAUUCUGCUCGAGAAAGAUAGAUGUUUGAUAUGGGAGUACAUUGACUGA